AUGUCAGAAUCCGACAUGCUUCACCUACAUGUCCGAAGGGGAUAUCGCACACCCUUCAUCGGUGUCACCUUCAAAGACCACUCUCCUACCGUAAACUUGAUGAAAAUCCUUCGGAAAGCAUGGCUCCUUCGCCUGGAUGAGAAAAUAACAGCAGAUCCGAUGCAUACUGGAGUACACAAUCUAGUUCGAUAUCUCAAUGAGACACCAGAAGAAGAGCUACUCAAACGACGUGACAAUUAUAGAGAUAAUACCAACAGGGCCCAAAGGAGGGCCAUCUAUGUAAUGUGGAAUCACCUAUUUCACAAUAUAUCCAACUUCUUGGUCAAUGUCAACUGCAACAACGGCAUAUUCACGCCACCAAGUCAUGGCUCUCUACAGAUCCAGUUCCCUGAGGAAGGCGAAGAAGGCGAGAGGGUGAAAGUAGCCGAGUUCUCGCAUAAGACACACCUUUUAAUCCUUCCUGCUUUCAUGGAUCCGGGGACCAAGGUUGAAGUGACGAUUGGAGACGAGCAAGAGCCACCUCAACAGAGGGAGGAGGGAAUCAAUAUGACGGCGUUUGAAUUCGAUGCUACCGAGACGGAGUGGGAAUAUCUCGGAACGGAUAUCUAUUUGGUCAAGGCCAACCAGAAGAUCAGGGUCUACGUUCCUCGAGAGGCUGAAAAGGCCGGUAAACUCGCCGCUGUGCUAGUUUAUGGGAAAUACGAUGAGAACUUUGCCGACCCAAAGGACCGAGAGCACAUGCGUUUACAUGAACUUUAUGAUCAUGAAACUAGCGACGAGAUCCACGAGCAACUCAAGAGAACAAGAUGGGCUGGGACAGGGAAUGCUUCUGAUGAACGUGAGCUCUGUUCUGAGGUUUUAGCAAUAAGGAAGUGGGUGGAGGACAGCAAAAAGCGGUCGGUUGAAGAAGCGGAUGAAGAAGAUGGAAAGGAUGGAGAGGAAGAAGGCGAGGACGACGAGGAAGGCGGAGGGAAUGAAGAUGGAGACGAUGAGGAACAGGGUGAGCAAAACGAUGAUGCUCCUGGAACUGACCAGGACAGGGCCAGCCACAAACAACCGGGCGAAGUGGUAGUGCUAUCUUCCAGUAUGCGUACUGCUGAGCAGGAAAGGGUCUGUAGCAAAGCUCCAAGUGUUAUGGCUGUGUUAUCGUCCAAAUAG